UGUGGAGAAGAUGCGUUCUCUAGCUCUCGUUCUCGCGAGCUGUCUCAACCUCCUGCAAAUUGUUCACAGCCAGGAAUUGUCCGUCAUCAGACACUCCGAUGGCGAUAUUUUUACCAUCGAAGGUUCCUGUACAGAAGCCUGCACAGUGCUCAGCAGCGGCACCGCCAGUCCUUAUUCCCGUAGUUCCUCGAGUUCGAGCCUGCUUGUGCCGAACAGUUCCUGCACGUGCCAGUGUAACUUUGACCUGCCGAUAUUUCGGGAGGAUCUUCACAUAUGCGUCAACGAUAUCCACGAGUGCAACGUUGCGGGAUUUGUCAGCAACAACGGCUUUGUGGAAAGAGUACCGUAUGUCUUCCUACCACAACGGGGGCAGAUAAUAUAUCCACACGCAGAGAUUCGCUUUGAAGGUGUGACCACUCCUGUAUGCGGGAUCGCCGGUGCCCAGCAAUUGGGAAGGGUGGGAUGGUCCGAGCUGAGGAAUCUUUCCGACACCGAACCGCCCUUCAGAUUGUUCCGGGACGAGGGCAGGACAUUCCUCCAGUGGAUCGGCGAGGCCGGACUAAGAGAUGCUGCUGAAGGGCGAGUUGUGACAGCUAAGUUAGUCUGUAGAGACGCCUCACCCAAGUCGACGAUCAGCGGUGUUUUUACACCGUGUGUUGCCUUCAGAGUAGCUGGUUCACCGUCAAAAAAUAGCGUACGCGAAGUGAUGUUUGCAUCGACAUCCCAAGUGUCUCAAGGUCUAUCAGCUACGGAAUACAUUGCCAUCGGUCUGUCUUCCGUUAUCUUGGCUCUCAUAUACGUAGCCAGCGUAUCGUUAUAUUUGCACAGCAGAAGGGCGAAGAGAAAAUCCAUCGAGGAGGCGAACAUCACUCUCGACGGUGGUCGAGACGGCGGUGGAUUGGUCAAGAAUAAUCCGUUGUUGGCCGCCACGAGACAUUUUGAGAGCGACACAAAUAGCGGACUCACCGAGAGCGAUUUGGGGGACGAUCUGCCUCCGAGCGAUAAUGAGCAGGGUUUCGAGAACAUAACAUCCGCGAUCGUUCAUCCACAUUGUGUGUAUCUGGAGCAAUCGGAAGGGCUGUUCUCCGCGGGAUCUAUUCUGGGCGAGAGACUACCGGAAGAGGAUGUACGCGUCGUGGAGACGGCUGACAACCCGCAUCAGCAGGAUGUACCGGUUCUUCCAGGUGCUCAACGAAGGAAACUGUACUUCAAUCCGGCGUACUUCGAUCGACAGCUAUUGCUGGCCCCACCUCCGGCUGCUAUCGAGUUCCUACUCAAAAUUCGAGAAGUCAUUUCGAUCGCCAAGCACAAGAUGGCUGCGAAAAGAUUCGUUCCUACUCUCAAUGGUAUCCCGGAAGAAGAGAGCAAUUCCGAGCGAUGCGAGAGCUCGGCAAAGUCGAGCAAACACCAGCAGAGGACGACGCCGACGCCGAGCUCCGUCCAGGGUGGUUCAGUCGCGAAAUCUCGCAGAUCCCAACGAUGUACCGGAUGUCCCGGCUGCAGCAGCGAUUCUCCUCGGCAGCUGCCCGCGCUUCCGGUGCCCGAUCUGCCCAGCCACGGUGAGAGUAAGGUGCGGGCCUGGUUGGAAGACGUGCAGCCACCGCGACGUCGCUGGCGAGACGCCGAGGACACGCGUAGAAAUUUUCAGGAGAACGCCCGGACGUUUGCCAAGAACCUGGAGUACCUGAAGCAGUUGGCGAGACGCGACUUCGCGACCGAUUUGGACGAUCGCGCAAGUCUCGCCGGCAAAUCGAUCUCUUCGUGGAAGGACAAUCCGCCGAUGCUGAGGACCUUUCAGAAUAUCACCGUUAAGAGCGAGAUUCUUGGGAACGAUGAUCGUCACAGCGUGUCCAGACGAUCGACCAGGUCCAUGUUCGACGAGUCCGAGUACGAUCGUUAUGGUCGCGGCAAGCGGAUGAACGGAACGACGUUUCAAUUCACUGCUGGCGACGACACGAUAAACGCCAAAGUUCGCAAGGCCAUCGAGAAUUCCUUUAUCAAACAGAUGGAGGAGAACGCGGCUCUGGAGAACGGGAUAAAAGAGACGAAGGACGACAAAAAUAGCAAGAGUGAGGACGAAUCAGCGAAGACGGAAAGAUCGUCGUCCAGUAACACUGAAAAAUCGGAGAAACUAAAGACAUCGCAGAACAAUUCUGCCCCGAAGAGAUCGAAGAAGUCGAAGGCACCGAGCGCGCCACCGUCGAGAAAGAAGGAACUUCCGGACAUGAUCAAUGAAUUACCUGGUGCGAAGAACACGGCGAAACGUAUCAUGGAUGCCGUGAUACGCGAGAUGGUGGAUGUAAAGGCGUUGGAUCAUCAUCACGCAAGGUCGUCCGAUCGCACAACAAUCGGCAGCUACGAAGUGGACAGUCUCGAGCGUUCCAAAUGCAGCCGGAAAUCCACGUCGCCGGAUCAAUCGUCAACGGACAAUCAAUCGAGUCCGGCUCUAUCGACGGCGUUGCCGAUGGACGAGGAGCUGACGAUGCAAAACGCCGUGAUCAACACUCGUACCGGCGAGAUGACGAUGUCGAAGCUCAGUAAUCAGAUCCUUAUUCAAAGAAAUUGCUACAACAGUUUACCGGAAUUGAUCAGCAGCCAGCGACCGGAAGCGUACGCGCUGGUAAGUGAGGUCUACGUGAACGAUGGUUACGCCAGUCCAGCCUGCAGCGAUGACAGUGGUCCGGAGAUCCAGUACGAGCCGGAAAAUCCGGGACACUUGACCAUCAGAGUUCAAGAUUCGCCCGAAAAUUACAUCAAGCUCGACGAGUCCGAGUACGAGCCUGAUACUCUCGAUCGAAAACCGAUGAAGCUGCGAAUCAACGACGACAUGCGAUACGAAGGGGCGGAGAUGGUUAACGAGGUUUACGUGGACUCGCUAGAGCGGCCAGCGCAGAUCCUGCUCAGGAGCAAAGGUAGCUUCCGCGAUGAGAAUUCCUCCGCGACGCGACGACACGGUCCCGGAAGUCUGCGAGAAAUCUACGAGGCAAAGAUCAAGUCAAAUCUGAAGGAACCGCACUCGAUGAAACUGGAUCACAUCAAUCACGAUAUCAAAUGUCGAAUGAAUGGCGACUCGAGUGACGGGACUCUAUCGUGGAAGAAGUGCAAAUAUCUGACACCGGAUAGUAGGCAAGCCAAAAGACAAAGGCAGCCACAUAAUCAGCCCGAUGUGGUGCCGAUGCCACCCACGGAGGAGAUCUAUCAACGACCAAAGCCACCUCGACGCGUCGAGGACGCGAAACUAUUGUUGCCACCUCCGCCACCGCCGUUGUCGUCAUUUCCGUCAAAAAACGUCUGGGACAGGAGACCUGUCGAAGCGGGUGACCCUACGGCCAGCAACGGCGCUCCUGUCCCGAAAGUCAACGGAUACCAUGUAGGGAACCAGACGUGUGUCUGCGCGUCGCAGAUUCAACUUAUAGGCGAUAUCGCGAACGAGUACGAGACUUACAAAGAAAAACAUCAACGUAAGGACGUCACUUUGAUGGAACUGACGUUCCUUGACGAGAGGGUAGACGAUCGUACCGUGACAAAUGGUUGCAGGGAUUGUCCAUGCGAGACACGAAUCGAGAUCGAGGAUUCCGAAGACAGGUACAGGUUUUACGGAGACCAGGCUGACGCCGAAGAGGAGGUCAAGUCGCGUGAGGCGAAAACAGCGCGAGAGAAACGACCUAUCACAAGUUUUUCCCAUCAUAGAAACUCCGCGAAGACUAGGACACGGUCUCGGAGCAUCGACGAUCAUCGCCAGGAGGAUCAGAACAGACUUAUCAUCAGCAGCAGAGCACAGAGUGGUUCCAGAACGAGGCAAUUGAUGAAGGGUCUCUCGAGGAGUUGCGAUUCCGGUGUCGGCAACGUGAUGCUAACGCCGUUGGUAACGGACAAUCGACGAGGUCAUGUUAAGGUCGAGGACAGCGGCUAUCUCAGCAGCACCGACAGCAACGGUUCCCGCAAACGGCUGCUGCGACACGAGGUGAGCAGCGUGUCCGAGGAGACCGACGAGACCGAGUCGGUAUGCGAUGGCGCCGAGAGCGAAAGCGGCGCCGAGAGUGUCGGCACCGACAGCGUUUUCUUCGGCAACUUUCGCAAACUGUCAGAGAUGUCCAAGAGCGCCGACUCCGGCGUCGACCUAGACGCUAAGAGUCCACCGUUGUACUAUCAAUCACCAUUUGGCAUGAAAGGCGAGAGCACGAUAAUUCUGGAGAGAGCCAGCUUUAGCGCCAGCGACAGCGAGACUGAGAGCCUCGUCACCGUUUUGCCACCUUGUAGUAGUCACUGCAACAGUUUGGUAUCGUAACUGAAGCGUUCACCUUUGACCUGGUGAGCGCUCUUCCAAGAUCUUCCGGAAAGAUCUCUGUUAUAAUAGAGCUGCGCAAUUUUUAUUGAAGUAUAUUGUGCGAUGAUGAUGUCUUUAUCGGAUAAAAACGAUGAAGGAUGAUUAGGUAUAUUUAUAG